UAUGCAUACACAGACGCUUAAACGCAUACACACACAGAGAAACGUUUAGACACUCAUACACACAAAGAAACGUUUAGACACUCAUACACACACAAACACUUAAAAAACACACACGUUUAAACACAUACACACACACACACACACACACACUACAUGCUUACCAAAUUUAUAUAAUGUGUAUAUGUAGCACAUUUCUGUAUCUCUAUGCACAAAUAUAGUAGCUAUAGCGGCUGAAAUUAUUCCAAAAUGGAUUAUUUUCGAUAAGACUUAAUGACAUUUGUCAGCUGAUGAAAGCUGCCAGAAACUGUGAACUAGGACAUUCACUUUCCCUGUCUUCCUAACCGAGAUGUUGGAUCAAACUGGAAGUCUAUGGAACAGCUCUAUGUUUAAGCUUUUCACUUUCAUUCUGUUGCUGCAGCAGUUUCUCUGCUGGCAUGACUGUUUUGUGUUUAGUUCAGCAUCGUCAUCUACAGGCAAAAGAUUUUUAGAUGAUUAUAUAGAACACUACCAUCCAUUAAUCUAUAAUCAUCAUGAAUUGGAUAGAAAUCAUAGGCGCUACAAACGCUCACUGAAUAACCAUAUUCUACUUUCUUUCAAUGCCUUUGAUCGAGACUUCACAUUGAAGCUCGAAAAAGAUGACACAAUUUUCGCUCCAAAUCAUGUACAUCAAAAUUCAAAUGGUACAAGGGAACCGGUUGACACGUCCUUUGUAUACAAAGGAACAGUGUUAGGUUAUUCAAACAGUAAAGUAUUUGGAGUAAUUAUAGCAAAAUUAUUUCGUGGGGAAAUUUCACUCCCAAAUGAACCAACUUAUCAUAUAGAGCCUUCCACAAGAUUUUUCAGUACAAAACAGCCAUUCCAUUCAGUAAUUUACUCUGAAAAAGAUCUCAAUGUUGAUCCAUAUAAAGAAAGAAGAGAGAAAGAACAGCAAGAAUUGAAGUUUAAUAAAAAUAUAGGAAGCUGCGCAAAUGACGAUGUCCAUGAAUGGAUGAAAUCAGUUCAGUUAUCUGUGAUAAAACCAAAUGAUCGACAUAAACGGGAGGCCCCCAGUGAAUCUGAAGGCAGGUUACGAUAUACUCGGAGUGCUAAUCAGAAUGCUCAAAGUACAAUACGUGAUCGAACAUGUACGUUGUUCCUACAGUCAGACCCGCAAUUAUGGGACUAUAUGACUGUAACAUUAAAAUACAAUCCUACACAGGCCAGAGACGAAAUACUUGGUUUAUUUGUAAAUCAUGUGAAUGCUGUUAAAUCGAUCUACGAAGAUACUAAUUUCACAACAUAUGAUGGAUCAUCUUAUUUUGUUGGUGUCAGUUUUGUUGUACAACGGACUACUAUUAUGACACCAGAAACUGAGGAUUGCAACAGUGGGAAAAAUCCAAGUCAGUUUUGCUCUCCAAAUAUUGAUGUGAGCAACUUUCUAAAUCAGAACUCUCUUACCUCUCAUGAUGAUUUUUGUCUGGCCUACAUAUUCACAUAUAGAGAUUUCAAUGGUGGAACUCUGGGCCUUGCUUGGGUUGGAUCUCCUAACACAGCUGCGGGAGGUAUAUGUGAAAAGUUUCAACCGUUCCCCGAAGGUACGAAGAAAGUUGAUAAGAGCUUAAACACUGGAGUUGUAACCCUUGUCAAUUUUAGGCAACGAGUUCCUCCAAAAGUUUCUCAGUUAACAUUUGCCCAUGAAGUUGGUCAUAAUUUUGGGUCACCGCAUGACAAAAGUGUGGAAUGUGCUCCAUAUGGCUCAAAUGAAAAAGAUGCAAACGAAGGCAAUUAUAUUAUGUAUGCUAGUGCCACCUCUGGUGAUAAGAAGCACAACAGUAUGUUUUCACCUUGCAGCAAAGACAAUAUUACACGAGUACUUGAUGCUGUUAUCAAUUCAAAGAAUGGGAAAAAAAAUUGUUUUGUCCACUCCAAUGCAGCGUUCUGUGGUAACAAGCUUGUUGAGGGAGAUGAGGAAUGUGACUGCGGUUAUGAAGAAGAUUGUGUUAAUAAUAAAUGUUGUUAUUACCGUGGUAGCAAAGAAGGAACCCAGUGUACUUUGAAAAGUAAUGCUAAUUGCAGUGAAACAUCGGGUCCUUGUUGUGAUGGGGACAAGUGUACUUUCAUAUCUGAUAAACUGUGUCAUAAAGAAGAGGAGCAAGGAUGCACUUACAAUUCUUCUUGUGAUGGUAAACGUGCGACUUGUCCAACUCCAACCUUCAAGAAAAACGAAACACUAUGCAACCACAACAGCAAAAUUUGCCUCGAUGGUCAUUGCAUUGGAUCUGUGUGUCGCAGAAUUAAAUGGGAGGAAUGCUUUCUAACCCCUCCUCAUAAUGAUGAAAACUUUGAUCGUGAACUACUCUGUUACGUUUCUUGUACCAAGACAGGAAAAGAAUGCAUUAGCUCUAAAGAUAAAGACAAGGUUAAACGACCUGAAAAUAUACAAUUUCACAAUCUACUUAGAGAAAUAAACCAAAAUAUUGACUAUGCUCCAUUGAAACUUCCGGCAGGAUCUCCAUGUGAUAACUUCCGUGGCUACUGUGAUGUCUUCCAUCGAUGUCGACGAGUAGAUGCGGAAGGACCCCUGGCUCGUUUGAAGAAUUUGAUAUUUAACCCUGAAACUCUUCAAACAAUCAGAGAAUGGAUUAUUGUUCACUGGUGGGCUGUAAUGUUAAUGUGUAUAGGAUUGGUCUUGUUCAUGGCUGCAUUUAUCAAAGUCUGCGCUGUGCACACUCCCAGCAGCAAUCCACGCAAGCCGGCUGCCAGAAAACUCAGUCUGCCUUCAAAUCGCCUUCAGAACAGGCCAAUGUCUGCUAGACACCAUCAGCCUCCGCCUCCCUAUCCUGGUGAUAAUUACUCAGGGCCACAUAUUGGACAUGGCAGAGGCCCACGCUAUGAUUCCCAAGAUUACAAAGGACCAAAAUCAAAAGGUGGUGCUCGUGGAAAAAUGGAAAUGAGACAUUUCCCAAGAUCUUAAGUUAAACAUCCUUCCUUUUUUUUUUUUUUUUAGUUUUUUUUUCUUCUCCCAUCCCCUACCUAUUUUGUAAUUAAAAAUUUGAAAAAAAAAAAAGCAAUGAAAGAUAUAAGUUAAUUUGCUAAGCUUCUGCUAUUGAAAGAAUGUCUUGGUUGGAAAAAAAAAGAACAAAAAAAAAACACAUUAAAAUCUGAACAUUUGAAUGUAAAAUGAAAAUAAAUUUUUUAAAUUAAAAAAUAAUAACAACAUCAUGGCAAACUUUUAAAUACAUAUGUAAAUAAGAUGAAAUAUGUUUUUGAAAUUUUUUUUUUUUUUUGUUCCCUAUAAUACAAAAUUUUUACAAUGAAAAAUGCAUUUGAUCAGUCCUGUUAGCUUGCCUUUCUCUAGUGUAUUGAUGUAGCGACUGUGAGUGGCACCUAACCAAUAGCACUUGUCACCCUACAUCUAACAACACUUCUUCCAGACUGUUCUACCACAGCUAUGCUGCAAAAUAACUUUUUUUACUCUCUUAACUGAAUUUCUCCCUAAAAAAAUCUUUGGAUUUUAUUUUUAUUUUUGUUACAUUUUUUUAGCUACCAUUAAAAACUUAGUUAUCUUCUAGUUUUUAUCUUCCCCCCCUUUUGUUUGUAUUUUUUUAUUUUUCUAUUGUUCCUUUCUCUUUUUUUUUUUUGUUUUGUUUUGAUUUUACCCAACCACUGGUAUUUGUUCUUAACCACAUUCCACCUUACACCACUUUUUUUUGUUUUAGGCUUUGAUUUUUUUUUUUUUUUUUUUUGAACUUUGUGCUUGGAUAAUAAAACUGUAUCCAUUCUUA